GGAGACGGGAGCGAUGGCGGCGGCGGCUUCCCGAGGGGUGCUGCUCUUUGCAUGCUUCCCUUCAUCACUGCACAGAUUAAUCAAUACCAUUUUCUGACUGACACAAUUUAAGGAGGAAUAAGUGGAUCUCCAUCAACCUUUAUUUUUACUUUUGGGGAUGCCUCGGAAAGGUAAAUAUCUGUGAGAAAUGGAUAAAGUCUUGGUGGAUGGUGUACCUACAGCUAAUCAUUGGAUCUCAGUAAAUGAUGUUAUCCGUAAGAGGUGGUCACUGAAUGAGACCGGAAAAUCAACCUUGCAGCAGGAAUGGAAUAACUCAAUCAAGCUACAGCAUCCUGAAGAAAUGAAAUUGGAUACACAAGUUUUCAAGAUACCUCAUCUAGGGUCUAUCGUGAGCACAAGGAAGGCAUUUUUUGAAUCUCACAUGAAGUUACCAGUGCCAGUCACAAAGGAGAAAGUAAAGCUUGGCAAAAUGCCAGCAACAUUGAAAUUACACAACCCAAAUACAGCUGGCACCAGUAUCAUGGAAGGUGUCCAAGGCCCUGGUCAUUAUCUGAAGAAUGGUGAAAAUGCAGAAAUCAUAAUAAUUAAGUCAGAGUGCAACAGAUUUGGUCCAAUUCAGAAGCACCCUGUCAUAGAGAAAAGAAGACAACUGAUUGGUCUCUGUCAGGCCAUUUGUGAGACGGUUCGGUGCUCACCAUUUGACUCGAGGCAAACAAUUUCUAAAGAAGUUAAGGAAAAGACAUCGCCAACCCUGCAAGAGCGACUGCGAUGUUUGCUGAUUGAGGACGCUAGUAACCAGGAAGAGAAUGAGUUAAGAUCCAAGAAGCAAAAUCCAGAGCAAAAUGAUCACAUCAUUGAUUCAACUACAGAGUCUCGCCUCACUGGUCACCUGUCAAUAAAUCCAUUGAACAAAUAUCACAAAGCCGGGUGUUUGGAACCCAAGAGUGCCUUCAAUCAGAAAAGAACCAACCACGUUCCAAGAGUACCUGAGGCUGGCAUUUCUUGGCAAAGGAGUUUACCUCUUGAUAAAGCGCAUGGAAGUUCAGCUCUGAAGAAUACUGCAAACAAUGAAUUUCCACAGAACCACAGAGAUAUUUUUGGCAGAACAAUCUGGGAAAAUCCAACCAAUGAGCACCGUUUAACGUUUCCUGCAAAUCAACAUUCUGCAAAUCAACAUUCUGCAAAAGGAAAAACUGCAAAUACGGAAAUUGAAAAUGAACCCACUGCAGUCGGCGGGGUUGGUUCACCUCUUGAGUCCACUGCUUCAAAGGCUCACUUGGUAUCACAGGAUAAAAUCAAUUCUCUUUAUUGGUCUGCUAACCAAAGUGUGUCACAUUUGGGGAUACGUUGUGAAGUUAACCAUGACCAAGAGCCUAAAGUAAUGGUGUGUUCUGGGAAAGUGCCUUUGAAUGAUCUGGUACUUCAAGAGAAUCCAAAUCUCAAGCCUGGUCCAUUUCCUUUCUCUCCAGUGAACACACCAAGAAUAAACCAGACCUCCAAUCAACAAACAAUACAAAUUGCAUCCCAACUCGGCUCUGCUGCUGACAUAGAUCAUUCAGAGAUAAGGCCAUUCCAAUCUCUUGUAUUGUGCUCACUCCAAAAACAAAGAGCGAAAUCCCUAAGUCAACUUGAGUCAAUGAAUUCAGGGGGAGCUGCUGCUGAUGAAGUUAUCCAAAGACCAAUUAAUAACAGUACCGAAGACAGCAAUCCAAACCUUCAGUUAAAGUCAAGCUCUUUAACUAAACUCAAUGAUGACGGUGAAAGAGAAUUUGGCUCUCCUUGUCUGAGGUCUCGGGCUCCAGCAUUAAGCAUUAACUUUGUAUCCUCUGGAUCCACAAGGAUGUCGCAAGUCGAUGCAAUCCGGCAACAUCUACAGUCCCUGGAAACAGAUUACCAGAAUCUUGUUGCACUUCUUUCCCGGGAGAGCAGACCUUUGCCACUGAACCGAAAAUCAAAACAGAAAGGGCGGAAUGCAGUGAAAAAUGGCAAACUGUGGGCACAGCUUAGAUUGCAGCGCCAGAAAGAUAUUUGUAUAGUGCAGCAAAGGUUUGCUCAUCUGGAGGCCCAUGUACUCCUUCUGGUUCGGAAUGUAGCUCACCUGACUGAAGAGAUCGACUCUCAGAAUUCCCUGCUGCAGAAAAUGCAUUCAUUCCAACUCGAAUUAAAAAGCACACUGCAAGCUUGCAACAUAGAGGUUGGAGAUGUGAACAGGUCGUCUAUUAAACAAGAUUCUUCCAGUAUUUCAGAGUGUUCACUGAGUUGUGGAGAACGUCCUACAAUGAUGACAAUAUUUCUGAAGAAACUCGGAUAUGAGCAAUACAUUCCACAUUUCAGGAACGCCGGCAUAGGUUUCACAGAGCUCCCUCACCUUCAGGAGGAGAGACUGGAAAAACUUGGCAUUCCAUUGGGACCGAGCCUUCGCAUUCUCCAAGAGGUCCGAUGCACCUCCUACGUGUGAGUGACACAAGUCUCUUUAAAUUUUGUACAAGAAUCCUUCUGGAUCAAAUUAAGCUUCACCAGAAAGCUACGAGAAUCCAUCGAAUAGUCCUGCUGGAUAAAGAUCUGAGAUUGCCACUUGAAACAUUUCACAACUACACACAAGAAAUGCUGCUUGAUGGUCAGGAUGGAUUUCGAUACACUGCUCUCAGUCGAUAACACUUUGCAUCAUUCAGUACUGCUGUAACAGCUGAUCAUCUGUGGAUAGCACAGACAGUACUUGUGAUCUGAUGAGACCAAUAUUGGCUCUGUCGUCAAGAAACUGUAUCAACAGUCUAGGAAAUGUGAUGCUUUAACCCCAAAAUUUACCGUGUACAGUAUC